AUGGCAGAGGCAGUGGUGUCGAUUGCUCUUGAAACCAUCCGCGAUUUGCUAUUGGAAGAGGGAAGGUUUUUAGCUGGCGUGGCCGAUCAAGUGAAGAAGCUCGAGAGGCAACUCAAAGAGAUGAAGUGUUUCCUUAAAGACGCUGACAAAAGACGACAUGAAAGUAGUACCAUCUCCAAUUGGAUCUCCGAGAUCAGAGAUCUGGUGUACAGAUCCGAAUCCGCCAUUGAAAGACACGCAGCUUAUCAAGUUUAUUCAAGGAGAAGAGGCCUCACACAGUUCGUCCGCAAAUAUUCCUGUAUUUUGAAAGAUUGUUACUCACUCCACCAAUUAGACUCCGAGAUUUCACAAAUCACAUCACAUCUUAAGCGGAUAAGCAAGGAUAUGCAAAAAAAUGGCAUAAAAAGAAGCAUGAUCAUGAAUCCACAUGGAGAGUGGGAAAGCUCGGGUGGAAACAACAUGUCAAGGAAGACUUUCCCCUAUUUGGAGAUGGGAGAUUGCUUCGUAGGCAUGGAGGAUGAGCUGAAGCUGCUUGUUCAUUACCUAGGGAAAGAAACAGAGGAUCGGAUUAUAUCAGUGUGGGGAAUGGGAGGCUCAGGCAAGACUGCCAUUGCCAAGAAGCUCUACAACGAGAUGACUGCCUUUGAUCUCUCAGCAUGGGUUUGCAUUACUCAGAAAUGUGAGAGUCGAUCAGUUUGGGAGGAUGUUCUGAGGCAGCUAGAGAAGAAGAGGAGUGUUUCAAGUCUGAGCCAUGAGCCACAAAUAAGGGCGGAGGUUCCAAGUCUUAGCGACUUUGAAUUGAUAGAGAGACUAUGUGAGAUACAAAGAGAGAAGCGAUGUCUCAUAGUAUUGGAUGAUGUUUGGGAACUUGAUCAUUGGCGUGAGUUGAAACAUCCAUUCAUUGUCCAAAAUUUGCAGAGCAAAAUAUUGGUGACAACACGGACACAAAAGGUUGCACAUAUUGGAUUGGCGGUGAAACAUGAGCUCUUACGUAUGGAUUCUGCUUUGGAACUACUCAAAAACAAAGCAUUUCACUUUGGAAACAUUCCAGACUUUGCAUUGGAAGAUAGAUUUGAAAAAAUUGGGAAAGAAAUGGUGCAGAAAUGUGGGUAUUUGCCAUUGGCAAUAUCUUUACUCGGUGGGGUUUUGCGAGAGAAAAAAACAAUUGUUGAGUGGGAAUCAGUAAAUGAGCACAUCAAAGCAGCCAUAUAUGGAGUUGAAGAGCAGAUUGAUGGAGUGCUUAAUUUAAGCUAUGAAAGUCUACCCUAUUAUUUGAAGCCUUGCUUUCUCUAUAUGGGUAUUUUUAACGAGGACGAAAUCAUAUCUGCUUGGCAACUAUAUAAGAUGUGGAUAGCACAAGGCAUGAUUUCAAAUGAGAAUAUUGGAGACAACGAGGACACUUUAAUUGACAUCGCUGAGCUGUACUUAAGUGAGUUGGCCUCUAGGUCCAUCGUUCAAGUUGAAUUUCAGUUAGGUUAUGAUGUUGCAAAUAGAAAUAAAAAGUAUUGUACAUGCAAACUUCAUGACGUAGUACGAGAACUAUGUUUGAAAUUGGGGAAAAGGGAGAAUUUUGGUGUGAAGAGUUUGGAGUAUCAAGGUGGGAAACUUAGCUCCUUACUACAGGAAGCUUCCUCGGCUAUGAAAAUACAUCAUUUGGCUAUCCAUUUCAGAAGUGAAGUCGAGCAUGAGCUUACAGCCUUUUGUGGAAAAGAUACUAGCAAGCAUGUAAGGUCUCUUCGAUUAUCCAAUUUCAUAAAAUCGAAUGUUGUUGAGUUUCCCCCACGAAGAAUAGUUGAUUUUCAGAAUUACACAUUGCUAAGAGAUCUAGUUAUCAUGAGAUUCAAAUUUGCAGGAGGAAAGUUACCGAGAGGAAUUACUAAUCUUGUUCACCUUAGACGUUUGUGUUUAGAAGAAUGUGAACUUGAUAAGCUACCGUCAUCCAUUGGGAAUUUGGUAUACCUGGAUACCCUUGAUUUAACUCUUUCAGAGAAUGUUGAAGUUCCAAAUGUUUUCAAGGAGAUGUUGCGGUUAAAACACUUGAUUUUUCCUAUCUAUGGAAAUGGAAAAGUUGGAAGUUAUCGAGUAAGAUUGGAUGAGGGAGUAGACAAGUUGGAGACUCUAGCAUACUUAGAUAGCAGAUUUCACGAAUUGAAAUGUAUGAACAGAAUGAAGAAUCUCCGACGUUUUUCAGCAAGAAUACAUGAUAAUGAAAGCUUGUCAGCUAUCUUGAAUGCCAUUAUGAACUUGAACAAGAUAGUGGUUUGUUGUGUUGAUAUCCAUGACAGUUGCGACUUAACAAGUGCGCAAAUGCUGGAGAAGGCUUUGACAUGUCCCAAUCUCCAUGAAUUGAGGACUAUGUCUAAGUUAGGGAAGGCGCUAUCAGAGUGUGGGAGUGACUUGAUUAGCUCGAAACUUAGGUUGUUGGAUCUGUUUGGGUCUGAGAUUGAGUAUGAUCCGAUGGGAAUACUGGGAAAGCUUCCUUGCUUGAUAAGAUUGCGAUUAUAUUGGGAAUCAGUUAUUGGGGAGGAGAUGAUAUUUCCAGCAAACAGUUUUCUUCGACUCAGGAGGCUAACUUUAAGAGGCUUGCCAAAGUUGAGGGAGUGGAGAGUGGAGGCAGGAGCCAUGCCCCUUCUCUCUAAAGUAAAGAUUGCGGACUGUUCUUGUCUAGAGAUGGUUCCAGAGGGAUUGAGUGGAAUUUCUACCCUUCAGAAACUUGUAAUUAAACGGAUGCCAGAAUUGAGAAAAAGGGUAACGCCUUCAGGACAUGAUUUCCACAAAAUCUGCCAUGUCUCUUCCAUUAUCAUCGAGGACUAG